UAAAUCUCCCUCUCUCUUUUUAAAAAGCAAGCUCUUCAGAUCUCUCUUUCUCUCUGUAUUUUCGUCUUAUCGUACUCUGUGCCAAAACAAAUUCUCUCUGAAAAAUGGGAGCAUACAGAGCCGACGACGAUUAUGAUUACUUGUUCAAGGUUGUGUUGAUUGGUGAUUCCGGUGUCGGAAAAUCUAACCUUCUUUCUAGAUUCAGUCGCAAUGAGUUCAGCCUUGAGUCCAAGUCCACCAUCGGAGUUGAGUUCGCCACUCGAAGCAUUCACGUCGAGGAUAAGGUUGUUAAAGCUCAGAUUUGGGAUACUGCCGGUCAGGAACGAUAUCGAGCAAUCACGAGUGCUUACUAUCGAGGAGCUGUUGGUGCAUUGCUGGUUUAUGAUGUCACUCGUCAUGUAACUUUCGAGAAUGUGGAGAGAUGGUUGAAGGAGCUCAGAGAUCAUACUGACUCAAACAUUGUCAUAAUGCUUGUGGGAAAUAAGGCAGAUUUGCGUCACUUACGGGCUGUUUCCACUGAGGAUGCCAAGGCAUUUGCUGAGAAGGAGAGUACUUUUUUCAUGGAAACAUCUGCUCUGGAAUCCAUGAAUGUGGAAAACGCCUUCACAGAAGUGCUCACUCAAAUAUACCGUGUCGUGAGCAAGAAAGCUCUUGAAGCAGGAGAUGACCCGGCAGCAUUGCCCAAGGGUCAGACCAUUAAUGUUGGAAGCAAGGAUGAUGUUUCAGCAGUAAAGAAAGUUGGAUGCUGUUCUUCUUAAAACACGGAAUGAUCUGGAUGUUGGAAGAAGACGUUCUAUUCCAACUUUUUGAGUUCAAAUUUUCAUGUGGCAGUGGUACUUCUCCUAUUCUGUACAAUGAAUGAAUUUACCACAUGAAUCGUUAGCCGUGAGUGCUCUAGUUUACUGGUGCUCAAGUUUGGGUUUGAGCUCCCCCUUAAGUUCCUCAGCAUUCUUUAUCCUUGUUUCUAUAUUUAUCUUAGUUUAGUGUAUGAUUGUAGUAUAGCUCUCUUGGAUAGGGGUGUAUUUUGAUUGCAAAGAUUGAACCGAGACAUGUUUGAACAGAUAUUGUUCCGGUUGGUACUACGUGCGUUCCACUAAAUUUAUCAAAUCAUUCAUGUUUUAGUUGA